UCAAAACGAGUCGUUCACGAAUCGGCCAUCACAAUCAGUGCCGUAUAACGGGAUCUGUGAUCUGACAGGGCGAUGGCUCGGACAGCAAACCGAAAAAGAAUGAAGCUGAACAUGGAAAACGAUUGUACUGCAUCGUGUUGUAUUUAAAUGCCUGAAAAACAGAGAGUGACGCCCCGGACAGCGGUAUAGUGAUGUCAGAGGAGCGUCUGUAGCCUCAUUGUCUGUAAUGCUGCUAAAUACCGAAGGUGAGGGUUACGACCGUGUGCCAUUGCCUGCCCAUGCCGGUGUCCUGCUGCGGGGCGCUCCAUCACGGCUCCUCUCCGAGGAGAAUCGUCCACAGCCAGGCAGGAAUCAGGACUUGUUUGAGCCAGCCGCGUGCUUCUGUUGGGCUGAAGAUGCUGCGGACUGCUUUCAGUUUGGAGGGAGUCGAGGAGCGGGACGAGGAACAAGAGGAUGAUGGAGAAGAUCAGAGGGAUGGUGGGAUCCCGUUCAUCAUUAAUAGGGGUGGUCUGCCCGUAAAUGAGGAGACCUGGGAGAAGAUGUGGCAGCACGUGGCCCGCAUCCACCCGGAUGGAGAAGCGCUGGGCAGGAGGAUACGGGGAACCAGCGACCUGCCCAAGAUUCCAGUACCAAGUGUGCCUACAUUCCCGGCCAGCAGCAGCAUUCCUCAUCGCCUGGAAGCCAUUCAGAGAUACAUCAGGGACUUGCAAUACAAUCACACUGGAACACAGUUCUUUGAGAUCAAGAAGAGCAGGCCACUCACAGCAUUAAUGGACAUUGCCAAGGAAAUGACAAGAGAAUCUCUACCAAUCAAAUGUUUGGAAGCCGUUAUCCUCGGAAUUUACCUCACCAACAGCAUGCCGAGUGUCGAGCGGUUUCCUCUCAGCUUUAAAACACAGUUCUCAGGGAGUCAUUUCCGUCACAUUGUGCUGGGUGUACACAGCGGGGGUCGCUUCGGUGCUCUGGGCAUCAGCCGCCGUGAGGACCUGAUGUACAAACCGCUGGAGUACAAAACCCUCAGCGACCUCCUGCAAGAGUUUCAGGCGGCCUAUCGGGGCUACUGGCACACGCUGUGCAAGGUCAAGAUUGGUCAUUAUGUGUCACAUGACCCCCACAGUGUGGAGCAGAUAGAGUGGAAGCAUUCGGUACUGGAUGUGGACAAGCUGUCCAAAGAAGAGCUGAGGAAAGAGCUGGAGAGACACACCCGGGAUAUGAGGCUAAAGAUCGGUAAAGCUGCUCCUCCGUCGCCCUCUAAAGACCGAAAGAAGGAUGUGGGAUCUCCUCUGAGGAACCCGGGCAGCCCAAUGCGCAAGAACAGCCACAGCGACAGACGGCUGUCAGUGGAGAAGAGAGCGGGGCCUGCAGCGGAUCUGAACGGAUACCAGAUCAGGGUGUGAGAGAUUCGACAUGAAGAGGAUCCUCUGCUCACUCACACCUCAAACCAUUCAUUUAGCCACAUUAGAAACAUGCACCAUAUUUAUAUUAAUUUCACAUUUAAUCUGUAAAUACAGUGCAGUUAGCCUUUAACUCUAGUAGUAGACUAAUGUACAGGCUCGUCUGUAGUGCCUUUGAUCAGAAAAAAAUGAUUCUCUUCCUUGUUUUCCAGCACAAAUAUCUAAACAUUCUUAAAUCAAGAUACAUUUACUGGAGAAGCAAAAUGACUUCAGAUAUUAAGCCUUGUUUGUAUCUUGUUUGUUAAAUGAAUUGAGUUUGUGCUUAAAAAAAAGAAUAAGGUCAGCUUUUUUUUCUGAUUUCAGUGGCAAAUAUUUGUUCUUUUCAGCAAAAACCCAGAAAAUAUUUUUUCUUCUCCAGUAAAUGUAUCUUGAUUUAAGAAUGUUUAGAUAUUUGUGCUGAAAUUAAGACAUUCUUAAGACAUUAAGAUAUUCUGAGGAAGAAGAUGAUUUUUUGCAGUGUGCUUAUACAGUCUAUGAUAAUAUGAGCAUGUAAAUCAGCAGACAGGGUUCAGUGGUUCUUCAGUGAAUGCAGCACUCGCCCCUUUGGGUUUUUAGGUUUUAUAUAUUUUUUAAUUCUUGAAAGACGUCCUCAGUUACACAUUACAAGCAACAUUUGAAGUCAACAUGAAAUGAUAACUGACUAAAUUCACGCUGCUGCUCUUAUUAAGAACGUUUCAUCAGUUCACAAUAUGCUAGAGAAAUAAAUGUUUGUCUUCAUAAUCGUUCAUCAAAAUGUAAUAACUUGCUCCACUUCUGAAACGUCUUUCUCUUUCAGCUGAUGUCAUCAGACCACCUGUCAAUCACCUGUUUUCUCUGUUAAACGAGGCAUUUGACUGGAGAAAUAAUGAGUUGUGGAUGUGAAGAUCAUUUCAUGUUGACUUUAAGAGGAUCGUGAUGCAGUUUAAGCGACAGUCUGUUUCAUUAGUUGAGAUUCUCCUACACAACAUGAACAUGAACACACACCUUUACACACUGAAGCCAAACUGAAGCGCACUGAUAUCUGAAGGAGACACUGAUGAUGAUGAUGCUGGUGCUGUUAAAUCUUCUUCUCGUCGUCUGUCUCACGUUCUCAUGAUGCAUUAGAAACACUUGAUUCCUGCCACAUGAUUAAUUACCUGCGUGUGAUUAACAGAUGUUUCCUCACGCCACUGGAAUGUCAUUCAUACACUUUUGUGACACUUGAAAUUGAAAUGUACAAUAAAUUCUUUUGUCAAAUGAAA